UAGCAACAUUAAACUACGUUACACACUAUAUAGUUGAGUCAGGAGUGCCAUUAGACAGAAAUGUUCCUACUGUUCCUGUUUUUUUUUAAAGUACAAACUGAAUCGAUCGUAUCAGAAAAACAGCAGGGUUCAAAGGUCACCAUUGACUUGAAUCAUUGCUGGUGUAAGUACCGAGCACACAAGGAUAGGUGGGUUUGCUGUUUGCUCUACUGUGUGUACAGUCUAGAGUCCAUCUGUGGGACAUUGUGUUUGUGAAGACCUAAUGUGAUACAAUGAGUUUUACUGAACGUUUCAUCUCAAUUUAUCUUCAUAACAAAUUAGCAUAUUAGUAGCAUAUUUGGUAGCUAUUAAAUUACAUACAAUUGCUAACGAGGCACCAUCUUUAAACUGUCUAGAGCUGGCACCAGCUACAUUUAUUACGUCAGGUGACAGGGAGGUCCACAUAAAUUACGCUAUCCUGGAGAAAUUCACACCAUAUAAGCGCAACUUUGUUGGCGUAUAUAGCAAUGACUAAAAACUGACAUUUGGGCUGGCAAGCGGGUGGGGGUUUACUUGGCAAUGUUAACACGGCAGCAUGGUUGUGUGUGUCAGACAGAAAGGUAGAGAGAGAGCGCAAGAGACAGAGAUAGACAGGGCUACAGACAGGACCUUGGCACAGGCAGAGAGGCUUGUGGGUACGGUGUGGAUGUGGAUUGUAAUGGGCUCGUGGAGGCGAUGGUGGUUUCUGUCUCUCUCUCUUCUGAGCGGUGUCCUCCUGGUCUGCAGCUAUGGGAGAGUGUUCAGACCCCCUGCGCACGCCAGCACCGUCUUCCUACGGUCGAAGCGAGCGAAUGCGUUCUUCUUGGAGGAGAUGCUUCAGGGGAACCUGGAGAGAGAGUGUUAUGAGGAGACCUGCAACUACGAGGAGGCCAGGGAGUACUUUGAAGACACACCCAAAACUGACACUUUCUGGAAUGUCUACGUAGAUGGGGACCAGUGCAAACCCAAUCCCUGUCUCCAUGGUGGCAGCUGCAAGGACAGCAUUGGAGGUUACACCUGUAGCUGCACAGAGCUGUACCACGGGUGGAACUGUGAAAUAGAUAUCUCUCAGUGCCCCACUAAGGGGCCCUUCUCCUGUGACCACUUCUGCAGUCCCAACUUUGGAUCAUACCAGUGCUCCUGCACCACAGGGUACAAGAUUCACAGUGAUAAGAGGAGCUGCAUACCUGCAGUUAAGCACCCCUGUGGAAGACUCCAGCCAACAAACCAAAUCAACAUAGCUUAUCACGUCUGUCCACACAACCGCUGUCCAUGGCAAGUGGUGUUUGUGGAUGAGGCUGGUGUGGAGCUGUGUAGCGGGGUGAUCCUGGGGCCUCAGGCAGUCCUGACCUCAGCUAGCUGCCUGUACAUGGGAAAGAAAGUCCACAGCAUGCAGACAGGUGCCUCAGAUAAUAGUGUGAGGAUCCCUCUAUCGACCCAGUUGUACAUUCACAACCGCCACGAGAGAGGCAGUCUGGAGGACGACCUGGCCUUGGUGAGACUGAAUGAGCCCCUUCCCUAUGGCCCCUCUGUCUCCCACCUGUGCCUGCCCACUAAGGAUUUCAGUGAGAAUGUGUUGAUGAGUCCAGGAAGGGAGGGGGUGGCCAGGGGUCCGGACAAGUUCCGGGGGGAAUCCCACGGCCCCCCUGUUCUCUCCUACCUGAAAGCGGAGGGCUGUCGAAACCAGGUGAACGUCUCCCAGCCCCUCACCAACAAGAUGUUCUGUAUGGGGAGCCAGAAGGGAUUCUGUGGGACUAAGUUUACUAGGUUUAAUGAGACAGACCUCAAACCAGGACUAACGAGGAACUGCAGCCUCUUGUCCGGGACCCCCGUUGUGACUGUGGAGAGGGGUACAGCGUUCCUAACAGGCCUGCUCCUUACGCCACCCACGUCACAUGGCUGUGAACAAACCCUGUUGUUCACCAAGCUGUCUCGCUACUUGCAAUGGAUCCAGCAGCGCCUGGAGAUGACAGAGAUGAGGAUGACACCACAAAUGACCCACGACCCACCUGGACCUUAUGUGUAACCCCAACUAAGGGUUAGCCUGAUCCCUACCUACACUGGACAUACAGCCAACAGGGUUGUGUUCAAGAUUUAAUUUUUUUCCCAGGUUAACAAUGUAAAUGAAAGCGAGUGGUUAUAUUGUAAAGUGUACUAUAAUUAUAUAAAUAAUUUAUCUUCCACACUUCCUUAAUAAACAAAAAUCUGGUACAA